AUUGACAGUGUCAAAAUCCGUUUAAAAUUAUUUUUUAUUUAUAUCCAAUUCAUAUACACAUUUUUUACCUUUAAAUUAUCGAGAUGGAGGACAGUGACUUUGAGGGCGAUGAGUUUCAUAGCGAAGAAGAACGACCCGUGGAGGUUCUUGAUCCGGACAACCCGGAACAUUUUUUUCCGAUUGUGGAAAGAGAUUUUAAUAAGACAAUUGCGAAUCUCGAGCAAAACCCGGAGGCUCUCCAGUUCACCGAAGACUUCAACAAACUCUUCGAAGCUUUCUUCCAGACUUACUCCAGACAGAAAGAACUUGAAACACUUGCCGAAGAUAUGAAAUUCGAUCUAACAGACAAAGCCCACAAAAUCGAGCUGUCCUUAAGACUAGCCGAUGAAGAUCAGAAGACCAUCAUCGAGCUACGAAAGCAGAUAGAAAACGCUUGGAAGCUAGCUGAUGCUGCUCAUGCCAGGGAGCAGCUCGCUCAUGAGAUUAUUGACAAUUUGAGGCGGCAGGUGGAGAAUUUGAAUGCUGAGAUUGAUUUUAAGAACAAAAUGAAUCAGGAUACGGAUGAAACCGGAGAACUCAGCAAACACAAGGACGGCCUAGAAAGAGAAAGAGAUCGACUGGUAAACGAAGUGACACAGUUGAACACCAAGCUCCAAAAUGCUGUUACGUAUCAAGAGGAACUGGAGAAGAAAAACUCCGAAGCUGACAUGAAAAUCAACGAAAUUGCAGGACAGUUAGAAGAUCAAACCCAAGAAACCAGCCGACAGAAGCGAGCCAAAGAGAAACUAGAAGCUGACAUACAAGACUUUAAGUUUAAAAUUGACGAAAAAGAUAUUCACAUACAUGAACUUAACGAAAACAUAAAGGAAUUAGGAAAGCAAAUAUCUGCUUUGCAUAAAGAGAUUAAAGACUGGCGAUAUGCACAUGAUAAGUUAUCCAAAGAAUUAGAAGGAACUCUAGUGAAGUUGGCCAAGUUGACAGACGAACAUAACACUUCUUUGUUUGAGGUAGAUGCUAUGAAAAAAGCCUUGCAGGAGAAAUCUAUAGAUAUGAAGGUAUUAACGGAAGAAACAACGCGUUACAAAAAUGAUCUGUCGAAAGCUCAAAAAGCAAGAGACUUACUGGAAAAGAGGUACUAACAAUUAUCAAAGAAAGGGACGAGACUACAAUAGAUAGAAACAACCUCCGACAGAGGAUAGGUAUCUUCGAGAAAGAGAUAGAGGACUUUAAAAAAUACAUAGACGAAGAUAAAAGGACAAUAGAAACGCUAGGAAAGGAAAAAGAUAUUCUUAACAAAACUAUUCAAAGGCAACAAGUCGUCCAAAAAGACCACCAAAAGCUCAUCCACAUUCAAGAACAAUCUAAGAAGAAACUGGAAUUAGAGCUGGACUUGUUCUUCAUCGAAAGCGGGAAACACAAAAAACUCAUCACCCAGCUGGAAAGAGAAAGAGAUAGGCUGGCUGAAGAACAGUUGGAUUUGACAAAUACCAUACAAGAUCAACUGGAAGAUAUUCGUCAGAAAAAGGUCUUCAUUUUCGACCUGAAAAAGGAAGCAGCUGAAAGAGAUAACAAAAUCAGACAGCAACAAAAUAUGUACGAAGCCAUGAGGUCCGAUAGAAACGCUUUGCAAAAGCUACACCAAGAAUCUACUGCCGAAGCCGGGGAAUUGAAAAAAAAGCUGCGUUUGGUGUCGCAUCAGAUCGAGCAGCUGAAGGAGAACAUUGGACAGAAAGAGAAGCAGUUGAUUAAAGACGAGAGCAUUGUGAGGAAGUUGACAAAAGAAAAGGAACAAUUAAAAAUAGAGGUCAUGACAGGUCUGGAUCAGAUCCGCGUCUUGAAGACCGAAAACAAGGAACUGCACGAUGAAGAGAAAAGGCUUCAUAAAACCCUAGCUAAUCUUAAUCGAACCAUCAAAGAACAAGCUAAAGAUCUGGAACAACUGAUGAAUGAAAGGGACGUCUUGGGAUCACAAUUAGUAAGAAGGAACGAUGAGAUUGCGUUGCUUAACGAAAAAAUUGUUAUUUUGCAAGCUACACUAACAAGAGGCGAAACUCACUACGAACUAAGACUUGACGACAUACGACUGCUGAAACUGGAAAUCAAGCGUUUGAGGCAAGAAAAAGGGCAUAUUUCCAAAACCAUGGCAAGUAUGGUAGAGCUACGCCAGGAGGUGUUCCAUUUGGAAAGAGACUUGACCAGGAGCAGGUUGAAAUGCAAGGCUCUGGAGCAAGAGGUGCAAAAUCCUCUUAACAUUCACCGCUGGAGGAAACUGGCUGGAUCUGAUCCUGAAGUGCUGGAUCUCUUGCAGAAGAUACAAAUAUUACAAAAAAGAUUGCUGCAACAAGGUUCGCUGGCCGUCGAAAGAGAGAGGCAGUUGAAGCAGGCCGAGAGGUUGUAUCUGAACUUGAGGAAAGUGGUAGCUCGACAACCGGGACCGGGAAUACAGGAGGAGUUGUGUAAGACUCAGAGAGCCUUGAAAUCAAGAGGAAAUAAGUUAAAGUGUAUGGUAUCUGAGCUAAACAUGGCAGAUUUAAAAGCAAACGAGUACAAAUCGGACCUACAAAGAGUCACCGAAGAAUUAGCAGAUUUAAAAAGGAAAUAUUUGGCGGAAAAAAAGGCAAACCGAAACCUGCGCAUGGCGUAUGAAUCUAGCCGAGAGCUGAACCGAGGUCGGUCAAGUAGCGGCACCGGCGAAGUGAAGUUUACUGGUGGCGGUUUUCGAAUGUCAGUCUCCCAAAUUUCAACGAAAAACAAAAUGAUUCCUAGUCAAAAGAGACCACUGUAUACAACUUUAUUAACAAUGUCAGAGGAUUUUACUGAGUAUCCCCAAAAGCUCCUUUCAGGCCUUGGAAAAUCAACAAAACGGGGCAUCAAAAAGUGCGCUCGCUGUGGCACCUAUAAUGGUACAAGAAGUUCAGUGUGUAAGAAUAAAAACUGCAAUGUUGUAAAUGUAGAUGCAGUGAAAUUAUUAACAAAUACAGAAAAGCAGCUUUAUUCUGUGAAAAUAUGGGAUAUGGGGCCUAAUUAUAGAGCUUUUGUACAAUUACCACUUCUGCAAUCUUGCUCCAACGAAGACCCACACGUUUAUUCCGAUGUAGCUCUUUGUUUUGUUGAUUCUUGUAAAAAUUCCUUCGACAACUCAAUUCUAAAGUGCCACGAAGAAGGUACUGAUUCAGAUUCAAAAAAACUUCUUGUCUGUACUCAUAUUAGGUCUGCGCUAAAAAGCCAGAAUAAGGCUACUCCCAUGGAACUUAAACCUUCAGUUCUCAGUUCUUUAAACAUAAGAGAUGAUAUUAAGGAAAAAUUGUGUUCAUUCGACUCUGAAAAGGAAGGAGUAUUUGUACAAAGAGUUUCCAAGACAGUUAUGGCUGUUAAAUGUCAAGCUAGUGCUAAGCAUCCUCUAGGGUACUUACAUUUCACAUUUAUUAAAGGAAAAGGGAAGGAUGUGUAUGAAAAGUUUUAUUGCAGUUGUUCUGAAUUUUCAGUGUCAGAACUUUCUGGUGAAGGAUUUGACAAUGUAAAAUACAAAUGCAUCCACUACUAUGCAUGUAUAUGGGCCCUAGCAAGUGAUCACAGAUUAAGUGAUGAAUUUACAAAUAUUCUCCGAAAUGAAUUUGUAGGUUCGAAUAAUAAUAAUACCUGUCAAAGUGUUAAAUCUAGAGAUAUUGCUACACACACUGAUUCAAUAAAAGUUACUGAGAAGAUAGAUUCCAAACAUUCUACUGAUCCAAAUGAUUUUAAUGUUGCUGAUUCAAAAAAGGUUUUCCAGAAUACUCAUCCUAAAGAUCAGGUCUUACUGACUGAUUCAAACAAAAUUAUGCAAAAGGGUAAAUGUAGGCAUGUAAAUAAGCAUGCAAUAAAUUUAGUCAAUAGGAAAAACAGUUCUAAAAUAGUGAAAAAGAACUUUAUAUUACAUAGAAAAAAAGAAACAUUAAAGCAAUGUCAAAAAAUAAUGCCAAAAAUUUUGCCAAUCGAAAUAAAAGUACUGGAAGAGACACCAAAAUCAAAUGAUGUGGUUUCAUGGGGGUUCAUAGAUUGGUUGUCCUUUGUAACAGAGUCAAUAAAUCGCACUAUGCAGUUUGAAAACUAUGCUAUGGUGAACACUACCAUUCUUCAAAUACCAGAGGAUUUCUACAAUUAUUUCGCAAAACGGAUUCCGAGUAUAUAUGAAGUUGUUCAAACUGGAAAUAGUUCAGCUUACUACAUAAUGAACAUACUACAUCUAAAGGAAAUUUUUGAUACUCCAAAGAUUAAAUUGAAAAUUUCCAAGAAAUUCGUCCAUAACGACGAAAAGGGCUAUGUUGAAUUUGACGAAAACGACGACAACGAAGACGAAUCUUUUCUUUGUCCGUUUAUAUACUUUAUCAACGUCGGCCAAUCAACAGUGGACGAAAGUGACAACACAAACAAUUAUUUUUAUGUAGAAUGGACGCCUUCCGUUUUUAGCGUGACAAAUAUAGGACAGCUUAGGUUUCAGUAUAAAUAUGGACGUAAAAGUACAUAAUAAAUAUUUAAAUUUCG